AUGGCCGCCCUUCUGGGUACUCCCAACUGUCCGCGUUUAUCCGACGUGCCGAUACUGGAACCGUUCGCCAAGUUUGGUAUUACUAGAGAUCUCAUCACUGAUCUGGUGUUUCGAGAGGACAGCAUCAAUCUUGCCUUUCAACAGGGUAUCAUCCUCAGCUACACUCGGCCUCAAAUAGAGGCCUGUUCUAACUCAAUAGCAGCGGGUGAUUUGAGUGUGUUCGAUGCCGCUAAUUUAAUUGGAGACGUCGGUGAGGGUAUUAUCGAUGACGUAGAAGAACUCUCAGAAGGGACCGGCGGAGUUGACAUGGACGGGGCAGAAUUGGAAGUUGGAAGCCCCUCUCCACCUUUCCAUAUCCGUCCAGGAGAUUCACCUGUUUCGAAUGCCUCUGGAAUAUCCAACAUAGCACCAAACUCCCAUCAACUCCCCAUUCACCACAACCCCCAUAUGCGUCAUCAUGCUCUCUCGCAUCGACUCAAUUCGAGAUCUCCUUUUAUGCCUGAAUCCUCUGCAAGUCAAGCUCUCUAA